UGGAAACACACAAACAAACACAUUUCGCCAUGAUCAGUCUCAAGCAACAUGGAGCCUCACCUUCAUCACGAUGCGUGUUGCUUCGCCAACGCUCAAGCAAGGCAAGCAAGUGAAGCAAGGCGAGAACUUGCCAUGAUGUGAUCCCCACACACCAUUCGCAGCAGUCGUUCUUCUGUCUCUGUCGUGCCUCCAUCGCCGUUCAUUUUUUUCUCAAACCAGCAAGACACCCAGACGGCCCGCAGGACCCCACGCAAGACUUUGACGCCCAACCAACCAACCAGCCGACCGACCGCGCACCAUGUCGAUGGCCGUGAUACCGCCUGCGCAUGGCAGGGCAGGGAAGGAGAAGGCGACGCAGGAGGAGCCGCUGAUCAAGCCGGAGGAGAAGAAGGAGACGCGCGUUUUGGUUGAGCCCGCAAAGUCGAGCCGGUCGACGUGCCGCCGGUGCAAGGACACGAUUGACCGGGGCGAGACACGCAUCGGCAUCAUGGCGCCGAGCCGGUACUCUGGCGAAACUCCAGCCUACGACACGACGUGGUGGUUCCACGUGCCGUGCUUCAUCACGCGCCAGCUCCGCUCCCGCGAGUACACCCCCAAGGUGCGGGAGACGAGCGACCUGGAAGGGUUUGACGACCUGGACCCCAAGGAGCGCCACAAGCUCGAGCAGACACUCAAGGACUUCAACAGGCAGUAUGCCGAGCGCCUGGAGCGGCGCAGGGCUCGACGCGGCCGCCUCACCAGCGACGAGGAGGAAGAGGAUGAGUCGGAAGAAAUCGAGCAGAAGCUGGAAGAGGAAGUCCAAAGCCACCGUGCCGAGCGCCGCGCCCGGCACGCCAAGUGACACAAUUGACACAAACUGCGCGCUUGUGUGUGUGUGUGUGUGUGUGUGUGUGUGUGUGUGUGUGUGUGUGUGUGUGUGUGUGUGUGUGUGUGUGGUUGCUUCUCUCAACUCGCCGACUUGCUUGCUUGCUUCUUAUCCCUCCAAAAACGCAGUUCUCUGUCUGCUUUCAUAUCCUUGUGUGUGUCACCCC